UGUGUUAAAUUCCCUGACGAGCCGCACCCGCCCCCGGUGCCGCCCCUGGGGGUUAAAACCGGGAUCGGAAUGAGAUGGGGGGGUCUGGGUGGGAGGUUGAGCCUAUGGAUGAUCCGUCGGCGCUGGAGCGCUACCUGGAGAGCUGCAGCGGGCAGGAUGACUUCUCAACUAGUCCUCACCUGUUCACUCCCAUGAGCCCUUAUGAUGUGGAACUUCCAAGUCAAACAACCGAAGAUGCAUUCGGUUCUCAAUUUAAUCAGCCCAAAGAGCUCCAUGCAGACUUCUCCUCUGUGGACCUCAGCUUUCUCCCAGAUGUCACCCAAGAUAACAAAGAACAAAGUCUAACUGAAGAUGGUCAUGAAAUGCCAAAAGUGCUCGAUGUGCCAGUACCAAAAAAUGAGGACAGUGGGAUCUUCAUGGAUGAAAGCAGCUUCUUGAAUCCAGAUGCGACUCAGCCAUCUCCUGAAACAUCUGGGGUGUGUCCUCAUCUGACUCCAAUGACUCCUGUGACCCCAGUGUCAUCUGCAUCAGAAAGCUCUGGCACACUUCCUCAGCUACAGAAUAUUGUGUCGACUGUAAACUUGGCUUGUAAACUAGAUCUGAAGAACAUAGCUCUGCAUGCCAGAAAUGCAGAGUAUAACCCAAAAAGGUUUGCUGCUGUGAUCAUGAGAAUCAGGGAACCACGGACAACAGCCCUCAUCUUCAGUUCUGGAAAAAUGGUCUGCACGGGAGCAAAAAGUGAGGAGCAGUCCCGGCUGGCAGCCAGGAAAUUCGCACGGGUGGUGCAGAAACUCGGCUUCCCUGCCAAGUUCUUGGACUUCAAGAUCCAGAAUAUGGUUGGGAGCUGUGAUGUGAGGUUCCCCAUCCGGCUGGAAGGCUUGGUUCUCACUCACCAGCAGUUCAGCAGCUAUGAACCUGAACUAUUCCCUGGCCUCAUUUAUAGGAUGGUCAAACCACGGAUAGUGCUGCUUAUCUUUGUGUCUGGAAAAGUUGUACUGACUGGAGCAAAAGACCGUUCUGAAAUCUAUGAGGCGUUUGAGAACAUCUACCCCAUUCUAAAAGGCUUCAAGAAACCAUCAUAACAUGGCUCAUAAAGCAAUUCAGAAUAAUGCCCAGGUUUGUAUUACUGUGCAUGGAACACAAGCCAAGGGUAUUCCUGGACCCAGUUGUACAGUUGUGGAUCAUUAAGCAAAUGAUGGAUUUCUGAAUGCUGUAAGUGCUGAUGCCUUUCUUUAGUUUGUGAAAUCUUCUUUUCUUUCACCAGUAUCUGUCUGUAAUUCACUUGAGUUCUGACAGCUUCUGUCAAGCUGAAAGACUUGCCAAAUGAAUGUACUUUUAAUAGAAGGCAUAUUAAGAUGGCACUUAAAAGUAUUUUGUAAUAGGAACACUUCUCUUCCCCUGUUGAAGAGGUGAAUCCACACUGCACUUCAAACUGGCUUUAUCAAAAUUCUCAGCUCUAACUGUAUUGAAACCUUGCUCCUGCAAUGUUGUAUUUUCAUGUUUAAGCUCAAAAUAUAUUAUUGUCUAUAAUAUAGGUUACAAAACCCAACAGGAGUUUAUUUCAGUGUUUAGAGGAUGUGUCCUGAAUCCUUCUGAUCCUACUGGUUGGGUAAAUUCUUGUG